CUGUUGUUGCGGGAGCGGAGCCGGACGUGACGUCGGUACAGGAGCCGGAAGUUCACCGGGUCAACAUGGCAGCCGUGUUGAGGGGCGCGUGUGUGGCGUGUCCUUCACUCUCACGGUGCCUGGUGCCAUGGCAGACUACGUGCCGUGGCUUCCGCCGUGUGGCCAAGGACGGGAGUCUUGUGCCCCCCCCUGCACGCAAUGGUUUGCUCCGUCCAGCCGAGUCCAUCCCGGGCGGAGGGCGAGGUUCUGCCGUUUCCCUCGUGCGUCCCCUGUUCUUCACCAUUGGAUUCUCGGGCUGUGCAUUUGCGACUGCCUCUAUCGUGCAAUACGAGGUGGUAAAACACCGCGUGAACAACUACCUGAGUGACGCGCGCGGUGCCUGGAUGGAACGCACACGGCCCAAAAAGAGUGGGGACAUCCGCAAACAGAUCAACCAGUGGUGGAACUCGCUGUCUGAGGGCGGCAGGACUGUCGCCGGCAUCAUCGCGAUCAACGUGCUGGUGUUUGGGAUGUGGCGGGUGCCGGCGCUGCAGUCGAGUAUGAUGCGUUUCUUCAUGUCCAACCCUGCCGCAAAGGCCCCGUGCCUGCCCAUGAUCCUGUCGUGCUUCAGCCACUACUCACCCAUGCACCUGGCGGCCAACAUGUACGUGCUGUGGAGCUUCUCCCACAGCGCCGUCUCCAUGUUCGGUCGCGAGCAGUUCCUCGCAUUCUACACAUCCGCAGGUGUUACCUCGUCGUUUGCGAGCUACGUCUUUAAGACGGUGACGGGAAAAUUCACCCCCUCCCUCGGCGCGUCCGGUGCCAUCAUGGCCGUGCUCGCUGCCGUCUGCACCCAGUUCCCCGACAGCAAACUCGCGAUCAUCUUCCUGCCCAUGAUCCCUUUCACUGCCAGCAGCGCUCUCAUGGGGAUCAUGGCUCUCGACACGACCGGACUCAUCCUGGGCUGGAAGUUGUUUGACCACGCGGCGCAUCUGGGUGGAGCCCUGUUCGGCAUUCUGUACGCGUGGCGGGGAAACGAAGUCAUCUGGCUGAACCGGGAACCGCUGCUCAGAAUCUGGCACAACAUCCGCUCCCGCGGGGGUGGCUCCUAGCCCCGAGGGCAUGGCCUAAGCCAUGAGGGGUGGGGCUUAUUACAAAAGGGGUGGGGUUUUGUCAGCAAGUGGGUGGGGCUCAAAGGGGGGGGGUGGAGUUUUGUUGGAGGGAGCUCUGGAACUUUGUGAAAACAUGGGGUGGGACUGGCCACAAAAUUGGGGGGAAAGGCUUUGUGUGGGAAAGUUUGGUGGGGCAUUGUAAGACUGGUGAGGUGGACCAUGUCACAAAGUCGGGGCGGGGCUUAAAAAGAAGAGAUGCGAGGGGAGGGGUCUAAAUAAACGAUGAUGGUGCUUGCUGUAAAAGGGGAAGGCAUUUUUUUUAAAGAGCAGUCAGGGCCAAGAUUAUUUUAAAAAAGGAGGUAGUUAACUUCAAGGAAUGGCUUUUACAAACGGGGCUGUGCUUAAUUUAAAAAGGACAAGUUAGAGUGAAAGUGCAUGAUGCUAUUAGAAGUGGGCAUGGUUUAUAAUUUAAGUGGAGCACAGGGUGUAAUGGAAAUAGGGUGGGGUUAAAGCAAACGUGGGCAGGGCCAGGCUAGAAGAGGCUGGGCCCAGUCAACUGACAUCGUGUCAUCAGACGUGGCUUCAGAGAAGCCUUUGUUACUCUGCUUUGAUAACGUCACACCAAUACAGUUAUUCUGAAUAAACAAAAACAUUAUUCGGGGGAGGCCGGGUGGCUUGGAUGCCAGUGCUGGACUAGCAUAGCUGAGAUCCUCAAUACAAAUCUGGGUUUCAGUCAUCCGUUGCUAAACCAGGUUCUUAAACAUAGCGAGCUGAUGGUCCCCGCUCGCGAUGUCACCAAUGACUGCACGAAAAAAAAAACAAUCACGUAAAAUUUGGUUCUGCACUUAAUAUUGGUAAUUUUUCGCUCUUAUGAUAAAAAAAAAAUAUUGGUUUGACUGUCAUAUGAUGAACAUUACUCGCUGCAGCAGGACAGGUGGGACAGUGCUGCUCUGCUUACUACUGUGUGCUACUUGGAAGAGAUAUCAGAGGUAGCGCCGUGCUAUCUUCUUUCCGUGAACUUUUCUCGGACCAGAGGGUUGUGCACUGCCGUUUCCAAGAUCCAGAUAGAUCCUUCUAGACUGAUAGCAUCAUAGAGAUAUUGUUGGAAAAUAGACAAAAACACACAUCGUGGCUCAUGAACAUGUGCAAGAGCGGUCGUGGAUAUAUUGGCUCUCAACACAAUCUGUUGGGAACCUAAGGAAGAUUUAAGUGUGUGUGUGUGUGAUGGCAUAAUGGAUUAGCCACUUCCUGUACCACAAUUGUAGCCUGAUCUGGUUCUGAACAGAUCAUUUCAGCCCAGAACAGACUCGGUCAAACUAUUGCCCAAAUGUAAUGUCUCUGACCUGACAAUGAAAAACAUGUAUUAAAGGCUACAUACACCGACGUGUUGCAGUUUGAAA